UGUAUGAUCAAACAAAGCUCAAGGGUGUGGCUUUGCCUUGUCACCAGGAGGGUACAUAUAGGGAGGGCAAGAGCUCUGGGCCACUGCGAAGAUUCAAAAGCUACAAAAGCCCACUGCAGACAUUGAAGAACCAAUAUAUACAAUGGGCCAGCAAGCCAGUGCCGGCGGGGUGAAGAGAAGCACCCCCUGUGCCUCCAACGAGGCCGGCGAGACGAUGCCGGAGACCCCAAGUGGGGACUCAGACCCCCAACCUGCUCCUAAGAAACUGAAAACAUCUGACUCCUCCACCAUAGUAGUGGUCCGCUACAGGAGGAAAGUUAAAAGACGUUACUCCGUCUCCGAUGAAUUGGUGAAUGACCACUCCCGAGGGAACGGAAUCAACCCCCUCCAAAUGGAGGAGAAGGAAUUCAUGGAAAUAAGGGUUGAAACACCUGCAAAGUAGAAGGAAGAUGCAUUCAUCAGCCUUGGGCAAUGAAAAUAAAGUUUGAGAAGCUGA